AAUCUCUCUAAUCUAAUCUAUCUUCCAAGCGGAUCUUCUUCGAGAGCGUUGUGAAUCCCUAGCUGCUUACCCUAAACACCCAUCUCGUCCUUCUCUUACCCUACCAAGCAUUUCGGAUCUCGGAUCGCCAUGCUGAUGAUCCCGUCCAAGGUCGCCGGCCAUACCCGGUUCUUGCUCGAGGGCUUUCAUGAUUCCGACGUCGACUCAGCCGCCCAAGAGAUCUGUCAGUUGGUUGACAAUGGAUCUGAGACUAGUCUUCCAGUUCUCAAGACAUGCCUCGAUUAUUUCACCGCCCGGAAAAGCCAUCCUAAUACGUUGCAGCUCGAGAAAGUAGUCUCCUCGGUGUUCAAACGUGUGAUGAAAAACUCAAAUCUCGGUUCCCUGCUUUCUCACGCACUCAAAGAUGUUGAGGUCACUGAAGAAUUUGUGGAUGAUUUGACAAAUUCAUUGAACUUUUCACACUCUGAGAAAAUUAGCUUUGCUUUGGCCCUCGUCGAUUUUCAAACUUCUGAUGCAAAGACAAUUGGACGAAACUUGUUGCUGGCCCAGAUUGACCAACUGUGUACCAAUGCUGGCCAGAUUGAGUCAACUGAGCAAGUUCAGAAUGUUAUUUUGUUUCUCCAGAAAUCUGAAGACCUCUCCAGGAAUUUGGAUUCCUUCAUACAGUUUUUGUCUUCUGCUCAACCCAGAGAUGAUUUCUCUUUUGCUCUAUCGCCUAUCCUUUCUCAAGAAGUUCACGAAGCUGAUGUUUUCAGGAGCAUGGAUUUUCACACUGAUUCUACUGAAAACGAGAUCGAUGCUAUCUUAGCUGAUAUCGACAAGGAAAUUGCUGUUGGAGAUCUCAUGGGAGAAUUAGGUUGUGGGUUCACUGCUGAUGCCCAACAAUGCAAAGAGAUCUUGUCUAGUUUUGCACCACUAAGAGAGGCUACUAUCUCAAGAAUUCUUGGUAAUGUUGUUCGUACAUUUGCUGAUCUUGAAGAUAAUCACACCACCUUUUCAACAUUCAGUCUGGCCCUUGGUUGCGGCAUUCCACCUGAAGUUCCCACGCCAAAGUCAUGGAAUGUUGACAUUCUAAUUGAGACAAUCAAGCAGCUUGCCCCUGGCACAAGCUGGAGGAAAGUAAUCGAGAAUCUCGACCAUGAUGGUUUUGACAUCCCUAAUAUGGAGUCUUUCUCGUUUUUCAUGCGCCUAUAUAAAACUGCCUGCAAGGAGCCGUUUCCUCUUGAUGUUGUAUGCGGUUCUGUCUGGAUAAAUAUGAAAGGCCAAUUAUCUUUUCUCAAGCAUGCUAUAGCAGCCCCUCCAGAAGUAUUCACCUUUAUGCAUUCUCCAAGGAAGCUGGUCUAUAUUGACAAUAACUUGCACAGCCAUGAACAACAAUUAGGACUUUCCAAUCAAGCAUGGCUAUCUAUCGAUCUCUUAGAUGUGCUAUGCCAACUAGCGGAGAGAGGUCAUACGGCUUUUGUUAGUUCGUUGCUCCAGUAUCCACUUACACAUUGUCCUAGAACCUUGCUUCUUGGAAUGACACACAUCAAAACUGCCUAUAAUCUCAUCCAGCGAGAGGUGGUUUCUGCCAUUCUUCCAGUAAUAAUAACGAAUUCCCUGGAUAGUGGAUUUAUCCUUAAUCUCUGGCACCAAAAUGCUGAACUCGUUCUGUGGGGGCUUAUAAAAUCCCAAAAUCUUAAAGCAGACAGCAUACUCAGAAUAAUUGAAAUCUGCCAUGAGCUUAAGAUUCUCUCUGUUGUUUUAGAAUCGGUUCCAGUCUCAUUCAGCAUCAGAUUGGCAGUCCUUGCCUCACUGAGAGGUUAUUUGGACAUUGAGAACUGGUUGCCAAGCUGUCUAUAUGUGUAUAAGGACCUCUUUGCCGAGGAAUGUCUCAAAUUUGUGAAGAGUGUGCAUUUUAGCGAACCAGAGGAUUUUACUUCCAAACAUUUUCAUCCUUCUGAUCCUUUAUCAGAUCUUCAUUUGGAUGCUACGACUUCCCUUUUGAAAGUUUUAAAAGCUCAUGAUAAUGUGAUUACCUCAUCUCAACUGGUCGAAGAGAUAGAAAAGGUCAAUGCAGCAAUUUUGAAUUGUAAUUCGAAACUGCAGAAUGGGGAGGCUAAAGAUUCAUCAGCUUCCAAUGCAUAUGGGGAUGACGUUGAGGCAGAAGCAAACGCUUAUUUCCAUCAAAUGUUUUCUGGUCAGUUGAGUGUCGAUGCAAUGGUUCAAAUGCUUUCCCGAUACAAGGACUCGUUGGUUCAAAGGGAAAAAUCAAUUUUUGAAUGCAUGAUUGCUAAUUUGUUCGAGGAAUAUCGGUUUUUCCCCAAGUAUCCUGAGAGACAGCUAAAAAUCGCCUCCAUCCUCUUUGGUUCUGUUAUCAAGCACCAGCUUAUAAGUUCCCUCACACUCGGGAUGGCCCUGCGUCUAGUCUUGGAUUCUUUGCGUAAGCCUGCAGAUUCAAAAAUGUUUCUCUUUGGAAGCAAAGCUCUGGAACAGUUUGUGAAUCGUUUGGUUGAAUUGCCGCAAUACUGCAACCAUAUUUUGCAAAUAUCUCACCUGCGUAGCACUCACCCUGAGCUAGUCACUGUUAUUGAACAAGCACUUUCAAGGGUAUCAUCUGGUAAUUUAGAAUCAGAUGCCUCUGUUUCGCACCCUGGUCCCUCACAGCUUUUCCCUGGAAAUGGAGAGCCUCAACAGAAAAAUGAAGUGCAUAUAGAUGAUCGCAGCAAAAUGCUAAGUGCACCAUCGAACGAGGCAAAGCCACUUCUGCCCUCGUCAUCUACCACUUCCGCUGAUGUUUCUGCCAUUCCUAAGAAUCCUGGCAUUUCAACUUCUUCAUCAACCUCGGCCGGUUUUGUUCGCCCAGCUCGUGGAGCCACUUCGACGAGGUUUGGCUCUGCUUUGAACAUAGAAACCCUGGUUGCAGCUGCUGAGAGAAGGGAAAACGCAAUAGAGGCUCCACCUUCAGAUGUUCAAGACAAAAUUUCUUUCAUAAUCAAUAAUAUCUCUACAGCGAACAUUGAAUCUAAAGGGAAAGAGUUUGCUGAGAUUUUGCCUCAACAGUACUAUCCUUGGUUCGCGCAGUAUAUGGUUAUGAAACGAGCGAGCAUCGAGCCCAAUUUUCAUGAUUUGUACUUGAAGUUCUUGGACAAAGUUGAUUCCAAGCUGUUGUUUCAGGAGAUACUUCAAAAUACUUACGAAAAUUGCAAGGUUCUUUUGGGUUCAGAGCUCAUAAAGUCAAGUUCGGAGGAGCGAUCUCUGCUUAAAAAUUUAGGAAGCUGGCUGGGAAAGUUGACAAUUGGAAGGAAUCAUGUUUUAAGGGCGCGAGAAAUAGAUCCAAAAUCCUUGAUUGUGGAGGCAUAUGAAAAAGGGUUGAUGAUAGCAGUCAUUCCAUUCACGUCAAAGGUUCUGGAGCCAUGCCAAAACAGUAUUGCGUAUCAGCCUCCCAAUCCUUGGACCAUGGCUAUACUCGGGUUACUCGCUGAGAUCUAUUCAAUGCCAAACCUAAAAAUGAAUCUGAAGUUUGACAUAGAGUAUGUACCCCCUCAACGUGUUUAUACUAAUACUUUGAUGGAAGACGAAAACGUGGCAACUCUGGGCAUGUCUGAUCAGCUCCCGUCACCUCAAGGACUGUUCCAGUCAACUCCAUCCCCAUCGUUUUCUAUUAGCCAGCAGCUCUCAGCAGCACUUCCCAAUAUUGGAAAUCAUGUUGUUAUCAAUCAGAAAUUAAGCGCAUUUGGUAUACACUUUCCAUUUCAGAGAGUGGUACCACUUGCCAUGGACAGAGCUAUCAAGGAGAUCGUGCCUGGUAUUGUUCAGCGAAGUGUUUGUAUUGCUUGCCAAACAACAAAAGAGCUUGUGCUGAAGGAUUAUGCCUUGGAACCAGAUGAGACACGUAUAUAUAACGCAGCUCACUUGAUGGUUGCGAGUUUAGCUGGGAGUUUGGCACAUGUGACAUGCAAGGAACCCCUGCGCACUUCAAUAUCUGGUCAUCUACGGAAUUCGCUCCAGGGUCUGAGUAUUGCAAAUGAAGCUCUUGAACAAAUUGUGCAACUUGUCACCAAUGACAACCUUGAUUUGGGUUGUGCUGCCAUUGAACAGGCGGCUACCGAGAAGGCUAUACAAACUAUUGAUGCGGACAUUGCCCAGCAAUUGUUGUUACGAAGAAAGCAUAGAGAUGGUGCUGGAUCCUCCAAUUUUGAUCCAAACAUGCUAUCGCAAAAUUCUGUCAGUUUUAUACCAGAGUCGCUCCGCCCAAAACCAGGACAAUUGUCCGUGUCUCAGCAGCGAGUUUAUGAGGAUUUCGUUCAACUUCCUUGGCAAAAGCAGUCAGUCCAAACUUCUCAUGGCUUACCUGCUGCUUCAAGCUCAUCUGGCGAUGUUGGGCUUGGUAGUGGUUAUGGUCCAGUAUCAGUAAAAAACGGUUCGGACUUUUUGACCAGUGCUGGAAACGCUCGGAUGGAUUUGGUCCCCCGGCCAUCAGAUAUUUCCGUGGAGGGUUUUGAAUCUACUCCAGUUUCACUUUUGAGCUCACAAGUUGAUCAAGCAGGUGACACAGCCGGUCUUCAGUUCUCUAAUUCCCUUUCGACCUCUGAACUGAGCCUCGUUGAAUCCUCUGACACUGCAAUGAAAGAAACUGGAACAUCAUUGCAGACAUUGACUUCAACUGCUACCAUGGACCGUCUUGGUGUAAAUAAUAUCACACAGCCUUCUCUGUCCACAAGAGAUGCACUGGAUAAAUAUGAAAUUGUUACUCAGAAGAUGGAAGACUUAGUGGCUAACAAUGCAGGAGAUGAUGAAAUUCAGGUACUUGAUUUCCUAGUGCCUAAUGCUAACCUAGCAAUUCUGGUGGCUAUUCGUGAUGUUUGCAAGCGUGUUGUCAAAGAACUCACUAGCUGGGUGAUUUAUUCAGAGGAGGAGCGGAAGCUUAACAAAGAUAUUACUAUCGGUCUUAUCCAACGCGAGUUGCUGAACCUAGCGGAGUACAACGUCCACAUGGCUAAGCAUCUUGAUGGAGGGAGAAACAAGAGUGCUACUGACUUUGCUAUUUCUCUACUGCAAUCCUUGGUCACUGAGGAGUCGAGUGUCAUUUCAGAGCUCCACAGUCUUGUUGAUGCGUUGGCAAAGCUUGCCUCAAAAUCCGGAUCUCCUGAGUUAUUGCCACAACUAAUUGACGUCAUACGAAAUCCAGUUACUAACACAGCUGGUACCUCUGAUUGUGCAACCGGAAAUGAGAACAAUGAUAGGCAAUCAAAGGAUGAAAAGGUUGUGUGCAAUACUAUCACUAACACAGAAGAGAAUACCGGCUUGGAAUAUGUCGAUUCGGAUCCCGCAGGGUUCCGAACUCGGGUGUCCACUCUUUUUAGAAAUUGGUAUCAAAUCUGCGAGGUUUCCGGUGCAAAUGAAACCGCUUGUUCACAGUAUGUUUUGCAUUUGCAUCAGACAGGACUACUUAAGGGAGAUGAUACAACAGAGAGUUUUUUCCGAAUUCUUCUGGAACUUUCUGUCACUCAUUGUAUAUCUUCUGAAGCUGGCCCUGUGCAAUCUCCUCAGCAAGCUCAGAGUCUAUCAUUCCUUAUUAUUGAUAUUUAUGCAAAGCUUGUUUUUUCAAUCUUGAAGUAUUUCCCUGAACAGGAGUCUAGCAGCAAGCUGUUUCUUCUUUCGGAGAUCAUGGCUGUCACUGUGAGAUCUAUUCAAAAGGACGCAGAAGAUAAAAAGACAUCUCUCAAUCCAAGACCAUAUUUUAGAUUGUUCAUCAACUGGCUGCUGGACUUGUGUUCCCUGGAUCCAGGGACUGAUGGCGCAAACUUUCAGGUUCUCACAGCUUUUGCCAAUGCAUUUCACGCGCUGCAGCCUCUUAAUAUUCCCGCUUUCAGGUUACGACAGAAACCUGUUUCUGGUGAUGCUUUUAUUAAAAGGGAACCUGUUCAAUUUCUGUACAAAGGGACAUUGAGAGUGUUGCUGGUGCUGCUACAUGACUUCCCGGAGUUCCUCUGCGAUUAUCAUUUUACUUUCUGUGAUGUGAUUCCUUCAAGUUGCAUACAAAUGCGAAAUAUUAUUCUCAGUUCGUUUCCACGGAACAUGAGGCUUCCAGAUCCUUCUACCCCAAACCUAAAGAUUGAUUUGUUGCCUGAGAUAGUAGAAUCACCCUGUAUCCUAUCUGAGGUUGAUGCUGCGCUAAAAGCAAAGCAAAUGAAGAAUGACGUGGACGAGUAUCUUACGUCGAGGCAACAGAAUUCAACUUUCCUAAGUGAGUUGAAGCAGAAGCUACUUCUCUCGUCCAGCGAGGCAAGCUCAGCUGGAACCCGUUACAGCGUACCAUUGAUCAACUCGCUUGUGCUAUAUACUGGAAUGCAGGCUAUUCAGCAGCUACAGGCGGGCGAGACACAGGAGACACAGGCUCAAAAUGUGGUGGCGUUGCAGAUGUUCAAGUAUCUAAGUAUGGAACUGGAUACGGAAGGGCGGUACUUGUUCCUUAAUGCAAUAGCCAACCAGCUUCGAUAUCCCAACAACCACACUCAUUACUUCUCCUUCAUCAUGCUCUAUCUCUUCUUCGAGUCUGACCAGGAGAUCAUACAGGAGCAGAUAACAAGAGUGUUGUUGGAACGGCUAAUUGUGAACCGGCCGCAUCCAUGGGGACUCCUAAUCACAUUCAUUGAGCUCAUCAAGAAUCCAAGAUAUGGCUUCUGGAAACAAGCCUUCAUCAGGUGUGCGCCUGAGAUUGAGAAGCUCUUUGAAUCGGUCGCCAGAUCCUGUGGUGGUCUCAAGCCCGUUGACGACGGAAUGGUCUCCGGUUGGGUCUCGGACAACUCUCAUUAGCUUCUGCUUUUCAAAAAAUUUAAUGUACCACCUUUGUAACAACAAUACUCUACUCUAGAUAAAAUUUCAGGUUUAAUUAUAUUUCAAGAUUCAUAAACAUAUUUUGCAAAAAAAAAAGUCUCCUUUCUCACUUGCUCUUGUUAAAAGUUAAGGUGGCCCCUUUUGAGAAUUAUUUAGGGAUCGACGGGAGUAGUUAAGACAAGAUGAGCACGUGUUCAAUAUGAAAACUAAAGAAACGGCCUCUCUGUAACUAACGCACUCCCUUUUUAUCUAUAAGAAUAUGAGCCUCAAAGAAAGAAUAAUCAUUACUAUAUUUUGAUUACUAGAGUAAAAUAAGCAAGUAAGUAAACAGCAGUGGCUGCCUGGAAGGAUGAGGAUGAUGUUGUUGGAAGAAGAUGGGAAGAAGAAGAACAAGUACUUAAAAGCUCCGUUGAUCUGCCUCUUGUCAUGUCUUGUCUUGGUUCAGCUGAUGGUGCCUUUGCUCAAUGGCAGCAACAAUUCCAUCACCAGGGGUUUCAGGGAUGCCCCUCCUUCCACUUACGCUCUAAACCUCGACUCCUAUUCCAAAUUGGUCAGCACUGGCGCCGAGACCUACGAAUCUGAUGUGUUUCGGUCCGGUGGUUACAAUUGGACACUGACACUGUACCCGAGUGGUAACACUAGAGACAAUGGGGCAGAUCAUAUCUCUCUCUAUUUGAAACUACACAACCCAAGCUCCUCGCCCCAAGGCUGGGAGGUUCACACCAAAAUCAGCUUCUUCGUGCAGAUUAAGCCCAGGAACAAGUACUUGGUGGUGGAGGAGACGGCAGUGCAGAGAUUCGACGCAGCGAAAACAGAGUGGGGAAUAGGGAAAUUGAUACAAUUGUCGACCUUGUUGAACGAGCAGAAUGGGUACCUUGUGGGCGACAAGUGCCAGUUUGGAGCUGAGGUCAUUGUCUUGAAACCAUACCACAACUCGGAACGACUCUCCUUUUACGACAACCCUGAAAAGGGAAACUUCACAUGGAGGAUGUUGCACUUCUCUCGACUGGAAGAGUCCAAGUUCGUCUACUCCGAUGACUUCUCCGUUGCCGGGAGUAACUACUGGAAAGUGAGAGUGGCGCCGAGAGGAGACGGGGAUGGAUGGCGUAACUACUUGUCGAUAUACUUGGAGUUAUCAGACACCAAGAGCCUCCGAGUGAAUGAGAAGGUUUACGCCAAAGCCAGCAUCCGAGUCCUCAACACAAACCCUUCCAACAACAUCCAGAGGCAGCUCGCCAAAUGGUACUCUCGAAAUGUGCCGUCACUGGGAUUCCAACGUUUCAUGUCUCUUGUGGAUCUGCACGACCCUUCCAAAGGUUUCCUCGUCGGAGAUAGAAUCACCAUUCAAAUCCAAUUCCACCUCACUUCAAAAACCCAUUACAUUCCCUAGCCAGCUUACACCUUUCUCAUGUAUUGGCAUUUCUACUGUCAAUGAAUGUGAGAUUGGGUUUCCAAUAGACUUGCCUCAGCCUCCCCUCUCCCCAUUUGCUCUCUUGAUUUACUUGCAACAUCGUAUGUUAUUGCUAAGAUAUCAAUUAUAUGGUGAAUAAAAACAAAGUCAAACUUAAAAUAUUGCUAGUAAUGUUUUUGUAAAAGGUGUUGUCAGGUUUUGAUGAACAGAGUCAGAUCUGGCUGGGUAUGAUGAGUCUCAAAACACUGCAUUCCAGCAGAGUGUGGGUUGAGUUUGUAAUGCAUUUGCAAACAUCUCAUGCUUAUGAGUUAUGGCUCAAAUCAUCAGCAAGGAGACUAGUCCUUGUUCAUCAUCAGUUGCAGAGUAUGACUCGACGCAAAUGCACUUGUGUCCCUCCCUUUGUACAAAAGUUCUAAAUAUUUAUUUACAAAGGGAAUUGUGUUAUGAUGAUUAACUCUUUAAAAACAAAAAAAAACUCAAAGCGUGUGUACUCACUCUUAUGAGGCCGAAUAUCAAGCAUAAGCUAGCAGCUUAACGAAAAAAACAAUCCCGAAUGUGAAAAGCAGAGGAUCGGGAUCAUAAUGAUAAUUAAAUAUAUCAUGACAUGCCCAUGGUAUAUGACCCCACCACCUUGCUAACCUUUUUAAAAUUUUGAUUUAGAGACUCCCAACUUUUAUGUAACCAUCAAUCUAACCCACAUGGUUCUCUAUUCAUAUCGUUUUGGGCCAACAACAAUCGCUAAAUUUGUAGUUGAGAGAGAGAGAGAGAGAGAGAGAGAGAGAGAGAGAGAAAGAGAGAGAAAAAGAGAGAGAAAGAGAGAGAGAACUGAGAGAGGAGUUUAUACAAGUUGAAAUAAAAGGCCACAAAUAACAAAAAUAUCCGCUACGAGAAGCAAAAGUGGGCUUACAUUAGGUAAGUUUCCCCAAAAUCAUCAUCAUUAAAUCUACUCUCGGUAAAUGGUAAAUGGUAAAUGGUAAAUGGUUUGUCCGUCACCAACAUUACAAAACCCUUCUCCUCUCUCUACCUUAGCACCGGAUGCCUCCUCCUGCGUUCCAAAACAUGCAUAAGUUAUAUCAUCUCCUUUCUACUUUGUAUUAUAGCAUCUCAUACUUGAACAGGCCUUGUCUCAUAUAUCAGAGCAACAAUGUUACCUCUUUGGUCGGAUUCCAUCUUCUUCGUAGUCCAUCACUCCACUUGGUUCCCCGAACAUCUCUUUAUGCCCUCUGCUGUCAAUAUCCCCCUGCCCACAAUGUAAGUAAGACUACAUCGACCAUUACCCUUCCCAAAUCACAAUUUCACAAUACUCUACAUUUCAUUUUAUCAAAGCACAAAAACCUUGUUUUCACUCCAGUCAUAACAAGGAUCAGUGCAUCCAUACACUUCACUUCCUCUAUCUGUUUGGUCCAUUCUUUAACACUACACUAGAAUGUAACACAGCAGCCGUCUACAAUGGUCUCUGUCUAUACAACUUCAUACCAAAUGUUUAUAUUGUAAGUUCUAUUGCCACACCACGAAUGCAAUUGUUAACCAUCAAAGAAGAACCUGCCACAGCCAUCUCACUCAACAUUUAGAAAAACAGCUUUUUAAUCUAUUUUCCUACUUCAAUUACAAAGCUGAGAGACCUUGAGAGAUUUCUUAAUGGAGUCUCUCCCCUUCCCCUUGCAAUGAACUAAAUUCUUGAUAAACCCACUCUCAAGAUAUAGGACAGAAAAGCUAACUGGGCUCUAACUCAUAGUUACAUAAAAAUAACCAUGAAUCUACUAAACCCAUUAUUAGUUACAUUAAAUACUUAGUAGGGAAUAGUGAAGCCCUUAGGCUUCCAAACCCAUCACAUGUAUCACUGACCUUCAUGGACAGAGACUUUUUCACUUCUUCCACCACUUCUUCUGCCUCCUUACGAUGCUUUUUGUCCAUCUCACUCAUAUUGUCCGCCCAUUUUAUCUUGUCUUGAAUUGAAACGAGCAGAUUUUCUGAUGUGUUCAACCUACACGUUGACAUUGUGUGUAACAUAUUCCCUAGUUGUCCUGGCCUUAGAUCCCUACCAGAUGAGACAAAACAAACCUCGAAACAUCUUUUCAACUGAUCCAGUUUUCCUCUAACUAUACCCUGCGUACAUGCACUCAUUGAUAAGAAAAUCCUCGAGUUCACGGACAUUGGUGACAUCUAACUCGACCAUCAGAGUAUCAUAGGGCAAUACCUAUUUAAAAACGCAAGGGUAAGCACAGUGAGCUGCUUCAGCUUUAGAAUUUGGUCAGGAGAUAACUGAGGAAUACGGCUAGCAUUGCAUUUGUAGUCACCCCAGGUGCCAUGGGCAAACAGCCGUAGAACAUCCAAGUAGACGGAAUUUGUGGUUCCUUCAAGCUGCAAUGCGUUGGGUAGAGCCAAAAUCUCGGAGAAGGCGAAUAGAGAAGGAUGCGACGUAGCUUCGAUUAUGAGUGGCACCAGGGCCUCGACUUUGCAUGAAGAAGCUCGGUGAACGAGCUGCUCAAUUAUAUCCACCUGCUUCUGCUCGAUAUCCAUCACUCACGCACUACGAUUACAAUUGCUUUCGGGGUCCGGUGUUUAGGGUUUUCCAGUCCGAUAGAGAGAAAGGGGAGAGACUUGUUCUUCUCUUUUUAUUGACGCUGUGGUGUUUUUAAUUCUUGUAGAUUUCC